UGGGUAGCCCUCUCCCCCUUGAAAGGGCAGAGCAGGGGCAUAAGCCCCCUCUAGCCUAGCUCGCCAGGUCACAGGGACACGCAAGCCCCCCCCCACCACGACAAGGCGGUUCCCAUCUGGGGGGGGAAACUGGACAGCGCUUUCCAUACUUUUCAACUAUACCUACAGGCGCUAUAGGCCAGAACAUAAAGAAAGGCCGUCUCCGCCAGUUUUUUUUCCUCACCCUCAAUAGCUAACUCUGUGCAUGGCCUUAUACGUCCAUGUAUGGAGUAUUCUUGACAUGUAUAGGGGGGUCCACUGCUUUAUUAGAUAAGGUGGAAAUAAAAGCUUUUUGUUUUAUUAACUUCUCUUCUUCAACUAACUCUUUUAAACUCCUUUCUCAUCGCCGAAAUAUUCCAUCUCUUGAUAUCUUCUACCGAUAUUUUCAAUCCACUGCUCUUUUCGAUCUCGCUAACUGCAUGCCUCCUCUCCUCCCGCGGUCUCGCUGCACAUUUUUUUUUUUCUUUCUUAUUCCUAUUAUGUCCAGAACUCUAACACAAGAGUUAAUCAGUACUCUCAUCCAUUAAGAGUUUACUUGACUCCUGAGCUCCCUGCCUCUACCUAUGACUUGAAUGACGUGGAUUCUUUUUUGACACUUUUAGAGAAACGGCACCUCAGUCGGCCUUUUUUCAUUUACAGUAAUUUCCUAUUUUUUUUGUUUUUGUUUUUGAAAAACUCGCUAGUGUAGCCUAUUUUAGAAACGCCUUGCAGACAAUUGGGUUAAUCCUGCGGAACAGGUAAAAACUGGGCUUCCCUAGCGUAUUUAAGAAUGACUUUCCCAAUGACAGAUGAACCUGUUACUGUUCCAAAUGGUGGUACCGGACCACUGGUGCCACGUCCCUGGCCGCGAGAAAACACCUCUCACUGUGGAAGAAUGGCGCAGUCUCACCAUCCCAAGAUCCAACGUGUCCGGCAAGUUUUCCAGCUGUUCCAUGUACGAGAUAGAUUGGAAAAUUGGCGCAAAUACAAGUUACUCAGUCACUGGUGACGUACGAGAGUGCACUGUCGGCUGGGAAUUUGACACGACGCAGUUUACAUCAACGGUGGCUUCAUCCCUUGGGUGGGUGUGUGACCGUGGCCACUACUCCCACCACACACUAUCUGUCUCCAUGGCGGGGAACGCUGUCGGCACGUUUCUUUUCCCGCUACUUGCCGACAAAUAUUUCGGUCGUCGGUUUAUGUACUACAUGACGCUGGCCAUCCACGUAAUGACUACUCUCCCGUUGCUGUGGGUGACGAGCGCAACAGUUCACAUGGGUCUCCGCUUUCUCCAGGGCCUGGGCUUCGAGACCUACUACCUGAUGCCCUACGUCAUCUACAUGGAAGUGAUCCCGCCUGAGCGCCGUGCCCUCGCUGUUAUGCUGUCUUUCCUCGCGUGGACCUUUGGCAUGUGUUUCUCAGCUCUGGUAGCUUGGCUUGUGCCUAACUGGACUCAACUUGCCAUCAUCUCCAUCAUCCCCGCUUUGCUCGGCUUUCUGUACUGGAGGUACCUUCCCGAGUCCCCUCGAUGGUUGUUGGCCAAGGGGAAGGUGCAACAGUGUGCAGACGUCCUCCUCAGAGUCAGUAAAGGCAAUGGGGU